ACGAAAGUGCUACAGUACCUGUUUUGCAAAACUUUUUGGAACUAAACAAGGCUGGUUUUGGACCAAAACCCUGCUCCUGCUGCCCAAAACCCUCUUCCAGAGUCCCCCGGCGGGCACGCCAAGCGGAGAAGCAGCAUCGGCCAUGGAGAAGGAGACCAAGCCGGCGCCCGACGCCGCGGCUGCGCACCUCGCCGCGCUCCGCUGCGCCAGGGCCUCGCUCCUCCUCGCCUCCCUCCGCCGACCCCGCGCGCCGACGCCGGCGCAGGAUCGCCGCCGGACCUCCUCCUCCUCCUCCUCGGCAGCGGAGCUCGCGCGGCUCCGGUCCGAGGGGCUGCUCCGCCGCGCCGAGGUCGCGGCGGCGCGGCGCGAGGCCGCGGCCCACGCUCGGGUCGCCGGCCCCGAGCUGCUCCUCGUCCUCGCUGUGGCGCCCGCCGUCCUCCUCCUCCUGCUCCUCGUCGGGCUCCUCUAAGCCAGCGGCGGCGGGGGUAGCGCGGGGGCUGGAGCUUGAAGCCUCCUCUCCGCUCCGUGAUCCGUGAGUUACGCUUCCGGUGCCUGUGAUCAUGGCGUUCGACCCAGUUCAGUUUUGGUGAUGAGGGUUUUGGGGUGCACUAGCUAGGUGUUCGAUCAAAUGCCUGUUUGAGCUUGGUCGCGAGUAGAUAAACAACAGAUUUGGCCUUCUUUUUGGUUGCAUUGCCCUGUCGACAAAUGAAACCGACUGGUGUGAAUAUAAUGUGGUUUGGGUUUCUGUGUGCUUGGUAUUCGACGAAAAGCCUGUUCAUGUUUGGUGAUUUCAUUUCAGUUUGAUCCCAGUGCUGCGUUCUGGCAUCUGGGAGAUGUUGCAUGUUUCGUGCAUGCACAUUGGUGUGGUGCUAUA